AUGCAAGCACGACAGGACCCCGUUCUGGUCGAUGAGUUUGAGGUGGGACUCGACCGAGCCAAGAUAACCAAAGCGGCGCAGAUACAGAUCCCUGAACCGCACGAGACGCCGAGUGAAGACUCUGAUGACCAGUGUCAAUCUGGUAGCCCGCACACGUCCUCGCACAGUGUUGUCGAGUCAAUCAAGGCGAAAAAGCAUCGAGCAGGCUUGAAAAUCAGGAAGACUCUACAUAUAGGGAAAGCAUCGGAUGACCUUGAAUACACGACGGCAGCGCUUGCGGGUGCUGGCACCUCUUCAGAAUCACGAUACGUAACUGAUGCGCCAGAGCCAGACAAGCCGACUAUGAAAGACUUCCUUCACAAUCCUCUCGACACCGUCAGGUCUAAAAUAUCAGAACAAACCGACCAGCAAGUAGCGGGUCAGAUCACAGCAAAGGAAGUUCCUCAUGGCGAUGAAGUAGACCUGAUACAUGCUUCUGAAGCAGUUGAACGCGCACAAGACGAUGCGCAGCGACUUCUUGCGAUCAAAGAUCUUUCCAAGCUGCUGAAGGAGCGCCAAGCUACGUACGCGCGAUGGACCUUGGAUCGCCACGUUACCAAGAUCAGGCGUCUGCCGCGAGAUGAGAUCAAGUUGAGACCAAGAUCAGACUUCGAGAAGCAGGAUCCACGAAAAGGUCUGAUCACUGAUUGGAGAGCAUACGGACAGAAUCUGCUCAUUUACUGUGCACAUCAAUACGGAGGGCAGUACAUCGGAUAUGGUUCCGAUCCACCAGCACCAUCGAAGCAAACCAUCUUGCCGAACAUAGAACGCUUCUUGUUGGCUUCUUCCCCGCUUCAAGAACUCAUCAUGACAUCACGUAGAGUCUAUCGUUGGGAGCAACCGGCUACAACGGCAAAGUACUUACUGGUAUACUUAGUGCUUUGGUACUUCGAUAUGUUGCUUCCAGGUUGUCUCGCGGCAUGCCUGUAUCUCGUUGUACAACGACGCACUCAUGGCAACACGAUGAAAGACUUGCGCGAAGAUAUUGAACAUCGGGAAAACCAACGCGCGACUGCUCUUUCUCUAACAGAGUUAAUCGUCAAGGAAGGUGACGAAAAUUGGUCCGACCAACUUGUCGAGGGCUUGGGACCAUGGCUCAUGGUGCAGCUGGCGGAUCUAGCCAACUUCUUCGAAAGCUUACGCAACUUCUACGAAUGGCGAGUUCCCCAUCGGACACUGCGUGCUAUGAUUGUUCUCGGUAUUACUACGCUAGCUACCGCUCUGGUCCCGAUGUGGUUGUUCGUCAAAACCGUAACAUUUCUUAUGGGUCUGACAUACUUUGCUCUAUACCCGAUCGCUGUCAAUUUUCCAGAGUACAGACUAUUAGUAUCGCCUGCCAAGCGUUUUCUUUGGAAUAUUCCAACACACGCGGAGUGGGCCGUCAAAUACGCCCAAGCCGAAGGUACUCUACUGGCUCAGAAAUCCGUGCCAGUGCCCUCCGAAGUGGCAUCAAUCUCUCCUACUUUCGAUCCGGAACACGACUACAACAGCUAUACCGCGACCGAGGACAAGACCACCGGUCGUCUUGUCGUCAGUCCUAGCGGAAUAAGGUUUAUAACAAACUUUGGCCAUAAUGUCCUCUGGUCUCUCCAAUACAACCAACUCGAAAGAAUCGAGAAGGUGGAUCGCAUUGUUACAAGGAACAUUCCAGGCAAAUUACAAAAGGAUCCAGGUCAAGACUUGAUGUUCGUUAGCAGGGACGGUAAGCGACGCAUACUGAGGAAAUUUGACAAGCGUGAUGAGGCAUUCUCCCAGAUCGUUGGCUUCUCGAAUACUACGUGGCAGAGCGCAAGCGAAUUUUCGAAGUCUUCGAAAGGACCAACCCAGUAUCUAGCUAAGGCUGAAGAACUCUCAGAGAGGAAAGCGGUCGCGGAAACAAAACGCCUCUUCUCCCUGCAACAAGCGCAAAGUGUAGCAGGCGGCGAGCUUCGAAGAGAGCUUUUCCAGGGUGCUAUCGAAGAAGUGAAAUGGUUUGUCGACUCUAUUAGAUAG